CAGACCAUCAUUUGGUGUGCAUUGGUUCAAUCAGAUGUAAACAAUCGCUAUCUCUUGUGUAAAUAGACAAAUGACAGAUAAUUGAAAUGCAAUCGAUUUUCUCCUGGUGGUUAAUUUAGAUGAGGACGUCCUGGUAAUUGAAGUGAUCAUUCCAGAUGUCAGAAAACAACUUCGGAAGGCAUGAGGUUGAAUUGGAUAGGGAAUUUUCGGAGUUCAAAGAUUUUAGUAGAUUCAAAAUUGGAGAGAGGACUUUCAAGGCACAGUACCGGAAUAUUUACAUUGCCAGGUUGAAGAACUUGCGGGGGACCUUAAAGGAGAGGGUCAAACUAAAAUGGGGAAAUUACAAAAUCCUCCAAUUGACCAAUCUGUCGGAAGUCCCAGAGGAUGACAAGCCAAUCAUCCUCAUAGGAACCCUCUACAAGCACCAAGAACUCAAACCUUCGAUCCUCAAGGAAAAGAGCGACGAUUUGCAAUUGAUUCAUCAACCUUCCAGCUCCAAUUACAGCUCUAUCAAGGACCAGUUAUUCUUGGAGGAUGAGGACCUGCGAGUGAAGCUCGUUGGUGAUCAUAUGAGCCCUUCAGACCUGGUCACAGGCCUCGUCUGCGCAGUGCUUGGACGUGAGGCAGUGAACGGUUGCUUCUGGGUCCAGGACUUCUGCUUUCCAGGGAUGUGUCCAAAGGUCUCAACAUCCAGGUUAUUAUCCAGUCAUCCAGGAAGUAUUCUGUUGCUCUCAGGGCUCGAUAUGGCAAACACUCCAGAUUCAGUUGAGCAAGAACUUCUGGUUGAAUGGAUCACUGGAAUGGCUGGAGAUCCGACGAAUCAGAAAGACGCUGCUUCUGUCGGUCUAGUCAUUAUCGCUGGGAAUAGCGUCAGGGGUUCUGUGGAGUCCUGCAGCCAGAGGGGAUACCUUGGUGCCAUGAAUCAUAGGACAACCGCUGCGGUCGAAACCAUCGUGGCCACUCACAGGUUUGACAAAUUCUUGAGGAACAUUCUGGAAAAUUGUGGGGUUCUACUGAUGCCUGGGGAAUUCGAUCCCUCGAAUCAUUCGAUACCUCAGCAAAGUCUGCAUCAUUGCAUCAUACCGGAGUCUUCAAGAUUUAAAUCUCUUCACGGAGGUACGAAUCCCUGGAUCGGAAAAAUAGGAGGCAGAAUUGUCGCUGGUUCAAGUGGACAGCCUGUCGAUGAUAUAAGACGAGUGGCAGGUCUCAUGAAUUUUUCACCACUCGACUGCUUGGAGAAAACUUUAACAUGGAGACACUUCUCUCCCACAGCUCCAGAUACACUCCCAGCAUACCCAUACUUCAACAGUGAUCCAUUUGUUAUGGAUGAGUGCCCGGAUAUUUAUUUUGUUGGCAAUAUGGAGGAAUAUUCUACGAAACUUUUAAUUGGAGAAGAAGGGCAAUCCGUGAGACUAAUCAGCAUCCCAAAAUUUUCAAGCACCUCAACUGCAGUAAUAGUCGAUCUGGAUACCCUAGAGACUCAACCAAUAUCCUUCGGGGCCCACUGACACCCCAUCGAGAGCAGUAAAUUUAUCACAUAAAAAUUCUUCGUUUUAGUCUCUUAAAUUUUGUUGAAUAGUUCUCAAUAUAUAAUUUAUUUAUACCCUUUCAAUAGAUCCAUAUUUAUAUAUAUAAUAUAUAUUUCUGUAUAUAGAUAUUUAUAUCAAUAAAUAUUAUUUUUAAAAUGAA